GGGGACAGCAGAGCUCGGCAGAGGAUGCUCAGAGGACCCCGGGCCACCAGCACAGCAUGAGAACCAAGCCCUCCUGAAUAUUUGGGAAGCAGCAUGAAGAGAGAGAAAAACAUUUCUUCCUAAUUGUUUGGGGUUUUUUAAAAUUAAUCAAACAAAAUUCUAAGAGAAUAAUUACUGCUGCUCAGGAAAGUCUGAUGUCAUUGAUGUCCUUCCUCUUGGUUCUUUUUGUAGGUCCUUGAUAUCUCCUGUCAGCAAAGCCAACUCACACGAGGAGUUUACAAUGUCAAGCAACAUUUCUGAAUGUCAUCUCUAUGAAGACAUGGAACCUUUUACCUAUUUUUACUACUUGAUUUUUCUCGUGGGAAUUAUUGGAAGCUGUUUUGCUCUGUGGGCAUUCACACAGAAGGACCAGAAGCAGAAGUCGAUGAGCAUCUACUUAAUCAACCUCCUCACUGCAGACUUCUUGCUGACUUUGUCAUUGCCAGUGAAGAUUAUUGUUGACCUGGGAAUCGCGUCCUGGAAUCUGAGAAUAUUCCACUGCCAAGUCACGGCCUGCUGCAUCUACCUGAACAUGUACCUGUCAAUCACGUUCCUGGGGUUUGUGAGCAUGGAUCGCUGCCUGAAGCUGAUGCACAGCUCCAGGAUCUACCGCAUCCAGGAGCCCGGCUUUGCCAAGACGCUGUGCGCGGCCGUGUGGCUCAUGGUGCUCCUGGUGACCGUGCCCAACAUGGCCAUUCCCAUAAAGCACGUCGAGGAAAGGCCCGGCGUGGGCUGCAUCGACUUCAAGACGAAACUGGGGCGAGACUGGCACGUGUUCACCAACUUCAUCUGCACGGCGCUGUUCCUGAACGUGUCGGCCGUGCUGCUGCUCUCCAUCGCGCUGGUGGCCCGGCAGCUGUGGCGGCACCGGCCCGGCCAGGGCGGUGGCCGUGAGCGCCGGGCGCUGGCUCAGGUGCUGCUGGUGACGGGCACUCACCUGCUGUGCUUCGUGCCCUACCACGCCGUGCGCAUCCCCUACACGCUGAGCCAGGCCGGCGCCGGCUCCGACUGCGGCCUCCGCCGCGCUCUCUUCCAGGCCAAGGAGUGCACCCUGCUGCUCGCCAUCUCCAGCCUCUGCCUGGACCCCGUCCUCUACUACCACCUGUCCACGGCCUUCCGCCUCAGCGUCACGGCGGCCUUCGCAGCCCCCCGGGCGGGGAAGGCGCCCACGGCCCCGGAGGAGCAGCACAGCAGCGAGCAGCAGAGCUGCAGCCCCAACUGCAAGAUGCCAACAACGCUGCUGAGGAGCCCUGAGCCCAACGAAUGGAUCCACCAGCAACCAACAGCCCUGGCCGUGUGA